GAGCCGUAGUACCGCCACCGGUCACCACAGCCAUCAUACCACGAACCCCAUGGCCCCCCACAGCUGCCAGCCAACCUAUCUGACCGGCAACCGCUUCACCACCAAGUCCUCCCCCCUCGAGCCCCACAUACAAUACCACCUCUGCCGCUCAAACACCAAUAUGCUCUUGAAGAUCGAAAACGAACUUCUUCAAAGCCACCGUCAGCGAGAAACUACAGGCAUUAAAAAGCUUUACAACUCCUUCUUCGUCCUCUUUUAA